AUGAAGGCAACCAUUGCAGUCACCUGCUUCUUCUCUGCAAUCGUGCUCAUAUCUGCAAUCAGUAGAGAAGACUGUGAAGCACAACGUCCUUUCACAUCUUGCGCUCCUGAAGUUACUCCAAAAGUUACGUAUUACUACAACAACCGUACUAGCCAAUGCGAACAAGAUUUUGGCUGUGGAGGGGGCAAAAACGAUUUCCCAAGCCUCGAGAAAUGCAAAUUAAACUGUCCGUACGGAAAAUACGCAUUGCCAGCCUGA